AUGUCCACUCCUGUCCCGCCCACGCACGUAUACAAAGCCAGCGACCCACCUCAGCUGCAUCAAACUUCGAUGGAGGCUCUUCGGGAAUACUUCAUGCGCCUGGAUUACUACAACCGGCGCGUGGCCCGUGUACCCGUCACUUCCGACCACGACAAGAUCGAAGGCGCUGGUAUGGGGUUGCAAGUCCUGGCGCUCAAAACCUGGUUCUCUCAAGGGUUGAGCAAACACCUUGCUAAACCGUACGCCCAAUUCAAGUCGGAGUUGAUCCGCCGCGCCGUGCCCGCCGAUUUCGUCUGGACGCAACUCGAGGUGUUGCACCGGCAACGCCAAGUGACGGGUCACGAUGUGCACGCGUUCCAGGACUUCUCCGAUCGAAUGCGCGUCCUCCAGAUGGAGAUUGGGUUCCAGGUCGUCUCGGAUCAGGAACUCGCCAAGCUUGUUCUCCUCGGCACCGAUCCCGAGCUGUGCCGACUCCUCCGCACGCAUGUCGUCUCGUCACUAGCUGGAUGGUCCGACCUCUCACUCGAGAGACUCGCUCUCGAUGCUCCCGCCCCAGCUGUGGUCUCGGAAACCGACGUCUACAGCGAUGCACCGGCGGAGCAACCCGGGGAGUUCGAUUAUCAAGUAUUCGAACGGAUUGGACGCGAAGAGUGGGGCGUCAUCGCGCAACGCCGAGCGGCCAUUGCGACCCAAGUCGCCGCACUCCAACAACAGCGGCCGAACACACGACCGACGGCCUUCGCAACGGCGACGAUGCGACCAGUCCUCACCACCGCCCCAGCCUCGGGGGGACCCCGUCCCCGGCUCACCGCCGAGGAGCGCGCCUACCUAGACGCGAACCAUGGGUGCUAUCGCUGCCGCGCCCUCAAUGCGGAUCACAUGUCGAGCAACUGCCCCCGCUAUGCCCCUGCUUCAGGAGCGCCCGCCACCUCGUCGACUCCCCUGUCGACCGCUCCCGCCGCUCGCACUCGUUCUGGUAUGGUGGCGGCCAUCCAGACGUUCCAAGAAACGGGUGAUUCAACCGCGUUUGCUGGCCUCAACAGUGACUCGGAAGACGAUGAUUACUCGUACGCCCCUCGCUCGUUCCCGCCUUUACCCGUCUCUCUGCGUGGUGCUCAUGGUACCCUCACUGCCUCGGCCCUCGUAGAUUCGGGGUCGCCUCAAACGUUCCUCAGUGAGGACUUCGUUCAGCGAUUGGGAUUGGAAAAACGGGCCUUGGAACAGCACACGAAGUACACUCUUGCAAUGCAGAACCAAGUUCCCACUGUCUUCACCUGCACGCAUUUUGUGCGAGUUCCGGUCGAACUGGCUAAUGGACGUUGGGCGGCGGGCCCGACGUACGCCGAAGUGGCGCCCCUUGGGAGGGACCUCAGCUUAUUCUGGGAGGCAACUUCAUCUAUACGCACAAGAUUGACCUAGGUCAUUUCCCCCACCCCCACCUCACGUGUAAGAAUAACCCGGAGGAGCCAAUUGACCUGCUUGAACUUGUUGAAUUGCAUUCUGUCAAGCCUUCGAACACUUCGACAUCGGACCGCCGUUUGACGGACUUGCCCGCCUUUCGCCUCGCGCCUUCGCCUCAGCGCCUUGCCUCCGCGCGCUUUCACCUCGGUGCUUCGCCUCCGCGCGCCUUCGCCUUCGCAAGCCCUCACUGCGCCCCCUGUCUCUCGAGCCUCACCGCAUGA